AUGGCAAAGAUGGCUUCCACCAUCCCCAUCAAGGUCAAGCACAAUGGCAAGCUGCACGACAUUGCGCUCGACACCGCCCAGCCCGCCACGGCGUUCAAGCAGGCGGUGUACGAAAAGACGGGCGUGCCUGCCGACCGCAUGAAGGUCAUGGUCAAGGGCGGCAUGCUCAAGGACGAUCACGACCUCACCAAGAUCGGCGCGCGCCCCGGACAGACCUUCAUGGUCAUCGGCACGGCGGGCGAGCUGCCCAAGGCUCCCACGGGCCCCAUCACGUUCAUCGAGGACAUGACCGAGUCCGAAUUGGCGCUCGCCACGCAGUCGCGCGUCGGUCUCACCAACCUCGGCAACACGUGCUACCUCAACUCGACGCUCCAGGUGCUGCGUGCCAUCCCCGAGCUGCAGACGGCACUCGGCAAGUUUGACGGCGGCCUCGGCGGUGCGGACGGCGAGCGGAAUCUUACUGCCGCGCUGCGCGAUCUGUACAAGAAUCUCGGCCAGACCACCGAGCCCUUCCCGCCGUUUGCCUUCCUCACCAUCCUCAGGCAGGUGGCGCCGCAGUUUGCCGAGAUGGCCAGGGACGGCCACAGCUUUGCGCAGCAGGAUGCCGAGGAGGUGUGGGUGCGCAUCAUCCAGGCGCUGCAGAACAGCCUACACGGCCUCUCGGCGCCAUCGUCGUCGUCCGAAGGCGCUGCAGCUGCUGCAGGAGCCGAAGCGGCCGCAUCGACGGCCGAUGCUGCGGCGGUCGACUCGUCGCGUCGCUUUGUGGAGCAGUACAUGACGGGCCACAUGGUGAUCAAGCGUUCGAGCGCCGAAGCGCCGGACGAGCCGGCAUCGACGUCCAAGGACCCGUUCAGCAUGCUGCAGUGCAACAUCUCGUCGACGACCAACGAGAUGACGUCGGGCAUCCUGGACUCGCUCAACCAGCAGAUCGAAAAGACCUCGGCCUCGUUGGGCCGGCAGGCGGUGUACGACGAGACGAGCCGCGUCGAUCGGCUGCCCGCCUACCUGGCCACGCACUUUGUGCGCUUCUACUGGCGCAGGGACAUCAACAAAAAGACCAAGAUCAUGCGCAAGGUCAAGUUCCCCUUUGUGCUCGAUGCCACGCCCUUCCUCACGGACGAGUUGAAGGAGAAAACAAAGGAGACGAAUCUGGCGAUCAAGAAGGUCGAGAAGGAUCGCGAUGAGAGGGCCAAGAUCCGCAAGCGGGCCAAGGCGAGGAAGGCGGCAGAGGACAAGGCGGCGAGAGAAGCAAAGGUUUCCGGCGACGUUGCCAUGACUGAUGCCACCUCCUCCACUGCCACUUCCGCUGGAGCUAAUGAGGGAGAGGACAAGGAUAAGGAGACGGUACAGACGCUUGGUCAAGCGCUGACGGUGGAAGAAGAGCUUGCUGAACGCGAAAAGGAACGCGCCUCUAUCCGCGCCACUGUCCAUCCGGACCUUGCUGCCGAUGUAGGAUGCAAUGCCUCGGCACUUUACGAACUCGUCGGUAUCGUUACGCACAAAGGUGCAGCAGCCGACGCGGGACACUACAUCUCGUGGGUCCGAAAAGAUCUCGACGAAUCUUCGGCAGACCCAGCCGACCAACUCGAACACACCGACGCAGACCAACAGUGGUACAAGUUCGACGACGAUAAAGUCUCCACCGUCGCACGCGACAAGAUCGCCCAACUCGACGGAGGCGGAGAAGACAGCGUCGCCUACAUCCUCCUCUACCGCUCCAAGCAAAUCUAA